UUGGCCUAAAGAGAUUCCAAAGAACAUAAUUAAAAUCAAAAUAUGCAAUUUAACCACAGAUGUCAUUUCAGACCAUUAGCAUCUAUCCAAAUAUCUUCAAGAAUUUACACCUUUUGCAUAAAUGAAACAAUCAAACCUCAUUCCAUCACCCUCUAUAAAUACAAAACCUACCAACAAUGAGAAAAAACACCAACAAAAAACACUUGCAUUUUAAUCAUGGAUAGAGUGGCUAAAAUCUCUUCACAGAGGGCGGUGGUGAUAUUCAGCAAGAGCACGUGCUGUAUGUGCCACGCCAUCAAGAGACUAUUCUACGAGCAAGGCGUGAGCCCUCUGAUCCACGAGCUCGAUGAGGACUCAAGAGGGAAGGAAUUGGAGUCGGCUCUGAUGAAGCUAGGCUGCAGCCCUGCUGCACCUGCAGUGUUCAUUGGGGGGAAGCUCGUUGGAUCUGCAAACACGGUGAUGACUCUGCAGCUCAACGGCUCACUCAAGAUGAUGCUCAAAGAUGCAGGGGCCUUAUGGCUAUAGAAAUCACUCAAAUACAUGAACAUGAAAAUGCUGUGAUUUUUAUAAGAUCAAAUCCAGCUCUGCUCAUCUUGUGUAGUUCCUUUUCUUUUUUAGUUAGAACUGUCUCAAGGGUGUAAUAUACUUUCUCUGAUCUAAAUAGACCUGUUUCAAGCUCA